UCGAGUGGACAUUGGCAUUGCAGCAGCACUAAUCGACCGGAAGGAAGGCAAUGCCGGCAAAUAUCAACACCCACCCACCUCACGUCAGUUCGUAGCCUAGUACAUAUAAGCAACUUAGCGCGCAAGCCAGCGUAAUCCUUUCGUUAAGAGGAAUAUCGAGCGAAUGUUGCGUGCGAUUAAGUAAAGCGCGUCGUUGAAGCGUUGAAAGUGAGCCGCCUUGAAUAGCGUCAUAAUCACUUCGAUUGCAGAUUAUCCAUCUGAUCUAUUCCGCACACAUCUUUGUCUACAUACACAUACAUAUGUAGUUCAUUUGGCAUUAAUUUGGCUGCUCACGGUCGUCGACCAGCAGACUGUGCGGGCGUUUAUUUGCGAAUUCUAUGAACGUGAAACAGGCCCGCCCGCCCACAGGCUGAGGCGAACAUUUUCUGGAGAAUUUCGAAUCAUUCGUGUUUUCGGAGUUGAAUUGUGCGGCCGCAAUUUUCUUCAUCCAUUUCCACAUAAAUGUUUAACGCAUCUUUGAACGUACAUACAUACAUACAUAUAUACUCCGUCGCAUUGUGUGUGUGAUCGCACCACGCGUGUUGAUACAAUUUAACAAACGCAAAUCGCAAAAAUAAACAUUUUGAAUAAAUAAAUACGAACACAAUUACUUAAAAAUGUCUUCGGGUGAAACACAAAACAAUGGCAAAAAAAGAAACAAAGGCAGAGGCAGAGGCAGUGAGGGAAUGUACGCGCCAACAUUAGUGAGAGCAAUUAAAUCUGUUCGAUUUGAUUUGGCAACAAAUCGUUGGCCGCUAAUGGCUGCCUUCAUCGUCGUCAUCAUCGCCAGCUGUUUUUGUUGUUGCGGCGUAAUGGCUGCAUCUGGCGCGCCGGCGGCGGAGGUGAGAUAUCAGUGCGCCUUCAUCGACACCAUCAAUGUGACCGGCACUCCCUGGGCGUAUGAGCAACCGCCAAUCUACGACACUGCCGCAGUAACCAAUGGCCAAAGCAACAACAACGUGACAAAUAGUGUAAACAUCAACACUACCAUCGCGGACGGCAAUCGUCAGGAGCAUAUCGACAACAACAACAACAACAACAGCAACACCGCAUUUAUACGCAGUCUCGGCAUCAAAGCCAUUCCGCGCGAACUGAUUGCUGCCUAUGAUUUUAUCAUCCAAGAUGGGGUGCGUGUGCAGGUGGAGCGUCAUCUGCGCGCCUGCAUUUGCAAACUGAAGCCCUGCAUACGCUUCUGCUGCCAGGAGGGCUACUACUAUGACACGGCUAGCAAGUCAUGCCUGUCCAUUGCGCGCCUCAUCGAUGCCGCCGACGACGUCUUCAAUGACAGCCAAUACAGCGUAGCGUUCGAGUUGACCGGCCUGGAUCACAACGAGGUGGCGGUGCUGGGGGCGAACGGCAGGUCGCGUUUGGUUAAGACAGCGCAGCAUUUUAUUGUGUAUAUCAGCGUGCCGUGUCAGCGGAUGCGCUUCGUGCCAAGGAAUGGCGAGUUGGUGUCUUGGACGCUGUUCGAGAAUGGCACCAUUGCGCACGGGAAUUACAUAGUCUCGAACUACUACUGCUACACGCCACACCAGCGGGACAACUCCACUUGGAAUUGGCAGCCACUGACAUGUGUACCCAAAAAAUUGGCUUUCGUCUUAGGCACUAAAGAAUGGACCUACGCAAUUUGCUUAAUUCUUUCCGUCAUCUGUAUGAGCAUCAUCCUUUUUGUCUAUCUCUUUUGCACCGAUAUACGCAAUACCUUCUAUGGCGUCGCCAUCAAAGUCUACGCGCUGUGCGUCAUCAUCGGCUAUUCGCUUUUGGCUCACCUCACACUCACAGAUCCAGCCACGUUUUCCAAGCUGGCCUGCAUUAAUCUACGAGCCUGCGUUAUCCUCUACUUGGUCCUAUCCUUCUACGUGCUGAGCUUUAUGAGCUUCAAUUUCUACAUGCAUUUCCAUGGCAUCAUUCUGUCGCGUCUAAUGUUUUGGCUUAUAUUCUUCCCCAUAACCUUGGUGGCCGUAGGUUGGUCGAUCUUUGCGGCCAACAAUCUAUAUGACAUUAGCAGCGACACCUGCUGGUUCGAUCCGCGCAACUGGUCCAUUAUGAUUUACUAUUAUGCGCCAAUUUUCAUCGCCUGUGUGUUGACCUUAUUUUUCUAUAUUCUCACAUUGAUUCAUAUCAGUGAGCGUCGCGAUUUCAAUAUACGCAAAGCCACAGAGUCACUGGAGGAAAAUCGCUUCAAAUCAUUCUGGAAGUUCUUCAGCUACACCUUCCUGGUCUUUCUGGUCUGUGUAACUUCGUUCGCCAUCAACUACUACCGCGAGGAAUGGACUCACAUUAACUAUGCGGUCUGUCUGUUCAUCGCAUUUCACGGCUUCGGCGGUUUGUACGCCUUGAUUGGCAAAAAUCAGCAGGUACAGAAUUUUCUGCGACGCAUCGAGGAGGAUGUAAGUAGCGAUGACGACGAUAUGACGGAGAGUGCGGUGCCCAUGUCGGGAUUCUAAUAACUUUCCCUCUGCUGCUGGAGCAUAUUAUUUGUUAUGAAAGUUAUAUAAGCUAUUAUCAUAUUAAGUGCAUAUAAAUAUAUUUGAUAGAGUUAAGUUUAAAAAGGUAUAAAAAAAACCAGUUAUUGUAGUGUACAUUUAAAAAUUAGUAUACACACCUUUUGUGUGUCCCGCGAACUUCCGCGCCUAUUACCUUCCAUUA